AUGGUCGUCGUCGCCACGCAUCUUCCCAGCCUCCUAGACCAAGCGGCCUACGGCUCCCCCCGUUACCUUUCUGGCCUUCCAGCCGAUGAUGUCUGUGGCGACGGUUGUGGCGAUGUGGCAAAUCAAGUCCGGGAUCAAGAUUCAGGAUCGGGCAACAUGACAUUGGACGAAGCUCUUCGAGACGAGGACAUGGACGUGGCUCCCGGAAAUGGACGGAAGUACGACGAAGCAACGGCUAGCGACCACCUUCCAAGCUUGGUUGGAUCGUUUGGUGUCAAUGCCGAGAACCAAAGGCAGCAGCUGCUUCGCUCAACCACCGCCUCGACCGAAGCCAAGACCGAUCUGAACCGAGCCCUCCGGCAGCCGCUGUCUGUGUCCGAUGACGGCAGCGAAGGAUGGCAAAAGCAUGUUGCCGCCCUCGAAGCCGACGUAGCGGACAUGCGGGCUCAAGCAUCAUCAUCCAUCGCCUUCAAUUUUGACACGCCAGGCAACACAGCCUCGCCAGCCUCCUCUUCGGCCGACGCACCAGGAUCUGAGUACGACGAAACCGAGCACGGGCAUCGUAAUCUUCUUAUGGAUGUCUCGAUGCUAGCCGACUUGCAACCAAAACAGCCUUCGCCCGUGUUCCCGGACCAGCAGGCUGUCGAGGAGCUGAUCGACUCUAGCGGACAGUCGAACAUAGAAGCGAAGAAAACAUGCGACGGAUCCAAUCAGCAGGUGCCACUGCAGCCCGAAGGCACCUCCGUCUUGGCUGCGUCGGAUCAGGUGGACAGUCCUAUACAGGGCGGAGCAAGCAGCAAAGCCGGCGAGGGGGGCGAUCUGGCCAUGAUGGUGGACACGGUUCUUGGCGAAAUCGAGCCAGAGACAGCCCCGACGACUGAGGCCUUCGAUGGAACCGAAGCAUUAGCACCUAUCGGACAAGCAACAACCACAGAUCAUGCAGUCUCCCCAGGACGGUCCGAAACAUCAAUCGCACAGCCUUCACUUUCAAAGCCUCUGGCUCGGUCUUCGGAGCAUACGGACGAUGACCCUAGCUGCAAGCGGCACAAAGUCGAAGAGGUCUUCCUUGCUCCGACGCAACCGUUUCCUGCGGAAGCCGGUAUUGUUGCUGCGCCUGGGAAGAAGCAAUCAGCUAAACGGACCGUGAAGCCUGCCGCAAAGCCGAAGGCGCCCCCGAAACCGAAGAAAGAGCCAAGAACAAAAACCAAGAAGGCAAACGGGAAGCCCGAACCAGAACCCGCAGCCGCUCGAGUUGGUCCUAAUGAUGCGGAGGUCGGUACCGCUAGUGCUCUCCAUGAUGAAAACGCCGCCGCUCAGGUCAUGCCCUCGGCAGGUCCCGGCAUCGAAGCCAAGCCCAAAAAGACGCGAAAGGCGCCUGCGAACCCUCGAAAGCAGCCCGCUCGAAACAAAGCGGCGAAUGAGGCCGGAGUUCCUUCUGGUCAAAUCGACGCUCCAGUGGUCAAUACGACAGCGACCGGCUCUCUCAGUGCAGCUCAUGAAAGCGAGGCUUCAAAGCAAAUUCCAGCGAUCGUCGAGGCAGAUGAGAAGCUGCAAGGGAAGAGCAAGGCCAAGCCCAAGGCGCCGAGCAAGGUGAAAGGCAAAACCAAAACUCCUGCCGUCGCGGACGAGGGUCUCUUGCCAAGGAGUUCAUCUCCGAAUUCAGCGGGCAAUGCACCCAGCAAGUCACCGCCCAAGCGUGCCACCGCGAAAUGUGCAAAAGGUCGUAUUGCUCAGCUUCGACCUGCGCAAACCGAUGAUGCUGUUUCGGAGCUAGAGCUUGAGCCACCGCAGCUCUCUCCAAAGUUACUCACAAUGCCCUACCCAUUGGACGAGGAGCAAUCGGCGGAAACAUCGUCGAAACAGGCUGCGUCGCAAACAGAGCAUGAAAAUUCUUGCACUUCACCGGUAGAUGCGUCGUCAACGGAUCGGCAGAGAGCGUCGGCAGGUCCACCCGCGCCGAAUCAUCCGUCAUGUACCGGAAUGUAUACGAGCUCAAACGUGUUCAUAUCGAUGCCGCCACCGCAGUAUCCAGCCCAAGCUUAUUGGCCCACCCGAGCAGAAACCAUGCAGCAGCAGAACCGCGGUUUGAGUUCACUCACAAACGCAGCGUCAGUGGUAGAAUCCGAGCCGCACUGGUCUUCCGAACCGUCCGUCACUGUACAGGAUUCGAGUGCUUCAACUACGAACGAGGCCAUCAACGAAGCUACGAGCCCCACAACAGUCGACAACACGGCCGCAAGUGGAGCAGACGAUGAUGCCUCGGACACUGCGACUCACUCGACUGCCGGAUCGUUCCACAAGAGGGAGCUCGAUCCGCGCGUCUACCCAGCGGGUUGGAGAUUUCCGCACUUUGACGUCAUCGACCCGGAUGUUUUGAUGACAUCGAUGCGAGGCAAUACCGUCUGGACUUUCUGGGACUGCUGCCUUCCCCUAGGAUGCCGAGACCAAGAUAUGGUGGUGCUGUCCAACGACAACGUCGCUUUUCCUUGCGUGGCUUGGAAUCCGUGUCUGUUUUCAAUCAUGCUUAAGCGAGUAAUCAAGAACCCCAACCGCGUCAUUGCUCAAGUUCUGCAACGCAGCAUUGAGGAGAAUCGCCAAAAGCUUGGAUUCAAGCCGCUCCCCUGUAUCUGGGUCGACGAGGAUUGGCGCGCAACGAACUUGCUGCUGUCGUUCGUACAUCCGAUUCCAACCAUGUUCCUGCCCGACCGCGCAACAUGCCGCAUCGUCAUGGAUCUCGGACUGCGAUACGGGAUCGAAAAAGCAACGUCGACGGCGACGCAGAGAAUGCAUCAGCUCGACGAGGAAGACAGGGCGGCGAGGUGCAAGGGAAAGGGCCGAGCCCGAGAAGAAGAGAUCGUCGCAGAGCUGUCCAAACGUGCUGCCUAG